ACACACACUGCAGGUAGAGCACCCGGGGUCUAGGAGUGCAUACAUACAAACCCACCCACCCAGACACACACACACGUGCAAACACACACGUGCAUACACACUCACACAUCACAGUGCACGACAAUAUACAAACACACACACACACACACACACACAUACACACAUAUACACACACCCAUACCCCUUCUCGCAGCCGGCGUGAGAGAGAGACCCUUUACUUUGGGCAGGCCCACCUGGUGCAUGUCCGAGCUGAAGCACAGGACCAUCUGGAAAAGCGGGAGACAAAGGUUGAUGAUGAUGAUGAUGAUGCCAUGCAGGUUAGUUUUGGGACUCCUGGUCCUAAAUAUGGUUCUGGCUUCUCCCGCAAGAUACACCCGUCAAGUGGAACCAGACAACUAUGACGAGGACCUCGACAACGUAGACGUCGAAUAUUAUGAGGAGAUGACCACGGAUGAACCUGAGAUAGAGAUUAGCACCCUAACCCCAGAUGAGGACAGUGAGACAGUAUAUGGUGCCUCGCUAGAGGAAGAGGAGGAGGAAGACGAACUAGACAAAGAACAUGGGAACAAAAAUGAAUUACCUAUAAGGCCUUCACUCAUCCCAUCAGGCUCUGGAGUGCCAGAGAUUUUGAUAGGAUCACACACCCCAGGAGAGGAAGAGCUGCGUCUGACACCAACUGAAAUCCUUCGUAUCUCAGGAGACUCUUUGGGUUCUGGGGCUUCUGGAGCUUCGGGGAUUUCUGGAAAUGUUCCUGGUGCUAGAGAAUACCCUUCUGGGGAGCAUUUGGGUUCUGCAGGUUCUGGGGGCUCUGAAGAUGUAAGCUUUGGAUAUAUUAGUUCUGAAGGCUCAGUAGACGUUGGAUCAGGAGUAUCUGGAGACUUUGUACCAGAAGAAUCUGGAGACCUUGUUUCAGGAGUAUCUGGUGACUUUGUUUCUGAGGUAUCAGGUGGCUUUAUUUCUGGGGGCUCUGGAUACUUUGUUUCUGGAACAUCUGGAGACAUUAUUUCUGAGAUCUCUGGGGACUUUGUUUCCGAAGUAUCUGGAGGCUUUGUUUCUGGAGUCUCUGGGGACAUUGUUUCUGGAGUUUCUGAAGAGUUUGUCUCUGGAGUCUCUGGGGACAUUGUUUCUGGAGUUUCUGAAGAGUUUGUCUCUGGAGCCUCUGGGGAUCUUGUUUCUGGAGUUAUUGGGAGCCAUGUUUCUGUAGUUUCUGCAGAGUCUGGCUCUGGACCCUCUGGGGACCUUGUUUCUCGAGAUUAUUUAGAGUCUGCUUCUGGAGCCUCUGGGGACCUUGUUUCUGGAGUUUUUUCAGGGUCUGUCUCUGGAGCCUCUGGGGACUUUGUUCCUGGAGUUCCUUCAGGGUCUGGCUCUGAAGCCUCUGGGGACCUUGUUCCUGCAGUUUCUUCAGGGUCUGGCUCUGAAGCCUCUGGGGACCUUGUUCCUGGAGUUUCUUCAGGGUCUGGCUCUGAGGCCUCUGGGGACCUUUUUCCUGGAGUUUUUUCAGGGUCUGGCUCUGAGGCCUCUGGGGACCUUGUUCCUGGAGGUUCUUCAGGGUCUGGGUCUGAAGCCUCUGGGGACCUUGUUCCUGGAGUUUCUUCAGGGUAUGGGUCUGAAGCCUCUGGAGACCUUGUUCCUGGAGUUUCUUCAGGGUCUGCCUCUGGAGCCUCUGGGGAAUUUGUUUCUGCGGAGUCUGGCUCUGGACCUUCUGGGGAAUUUGUUUCUGCGGAGUCUGGCUCUGGACCUUCUGGGGUUCCGGAUGAAGAAAUAAUAUUAAUUCCUGGAGAUAAGGAAAUCGACAUUACGGUUACCAAGGGCCCUGAAGAAACCAUUAAAGAUGUGGAAAUAGUAACAGAAAUAUUCUCUGGGGAGCCUGUAACUCCAGGGACUCCUGAGGAAACUGAGCUUACUUGGGAAGGGGUAACAAUCAUCCCUACUACCAUAAAUGAAGAGGAGGAGCUGCCUCCCACCACCCAGAUCUCACUCGAGGAGGGGACAGGGAGUACACCAGGUUCAGGGGUACCUGAGAGCCCUGAACCUGAUGUUGAGGUCGUUGAUUUUGAUGGACAAGAAUCGACGCAAGGUAUGCCCACCUGUGUGCUGUGUACCUGCCUGGUGGGAUCUGUGUACUGUGAUGAUGCGAGGUUGCUGAAUGUACCGCCUCUUCCCAAAGAUACCACUCACUUCUACGCCCGCUUCAACAGGAUCACUAAGAUCAACAAAUCUGACUUCGCUAACAUGAACAAACUGAAGAGGAUUGAUCUGACAAGUAACGCCAUCUCAAAGAUCGAAGACGGCGCGUUCUUCGGCUUGCCCGCAUUAGAGGAACUGGUAAUACGAGAAAACAAUGUGGCUCAACUUCCAGCUCUGCCAGCCACCAUGACUCUUGUUGAUGCCAGUCACAACCACCUGGGCAGAACUAGCAUCCAGAAUGAAGCCUUCAAGGACAUGACAAGACUGCUUUACCUCUACCUGACAGACAACAGCCUCGAUCACAUUCCUGUUCCUCUGCCUGAGAGUCUCCGCUCUCUGCACCUACAGAACAACAACAUCCAGAUGAUACACGAAGACACGUUCUGCAAACGGAACGACAUGAACUACGUCCGCAUGGCGCUGGAGGACAUUCGCCUGGACGGCAACCCCAUCAACCUCAGCAACACUCCACAGGCUUAUGUGUGUUUGCCACGUAUUCCUGUUGGCGCUCUUAUUUAAACACACACACAGUUCUACAGACACACAUCAAAACCCCUGAGAGUUUCCAACUUUUUUAACUUUGGCUGGAGUAAACACUCAUAUGAAUGGCUGUCUUAUACAAGAGGUUUCAGGCACACACACACAGAGACAGAGACACAGACAGAACACACACACACACACACCAUGUGCAAUAAACACACAUUAUACAUGUUUAAAUGUUAAUAUAAUUUGCAUGUGCAAAUAAAUAGUGAAAAACAAUCCGGCUUCAUUAAAUAUGGAAAAAUAAUCAGGAAAGAAAAAAUGAAGGGGGUAAAAUAAUGAACAAAUAGAAGGUGCAUAUGCAAACAAUAUGCAAAAAAAAAAAAAGAAAAAAAAAAGACUAACCUAUUAACAAAUCCUACUUGUUUUUUGACUGACAACACCCGGACAAAUGAAAUAUAUUUUGUAAAAAAAAUUAUAAAUAAAUAAUAAAUAAAUAAUAUGCUGUUAUUAUUCAUAGAAUUGUUUUGGAAAUAUGUUUAUCAUAAAUCAGUCACAAAUGGCGCUUGGUGAACUUUGAAAGGUAAAAUUUAUUAUCUAAUGCAAUAAAAGAAGCAUCAACAUAAACAAUUAUUUCGUUGUAAAGUCUGUAUUGUAAUAUAAAAAAAACUACAUAAAUCAUAAUAUUUUCCACAUGAACUGCAAUAUUUGGUAUAUAAUUAAUCAAAAGUUUUUUUGUUUUUUUUUGUUAUUUUCACAAUUUGUUUUUGGGCAAGAGGCUUGGAGUUAACCCUUCAGAGAUGUUGUAUUGUGUAAGGGUGAGAGAUGUUGAACCUGGUUCAUAU